CAGCUAGUUUUCUGUCAUCGUGGCGGCAUGUCAAAAUUGACGUUUCAAAAAAUUUACAACACAACACAUUCCGGAAAGAUUUCAAUAUUUGAACAAAAGGAAAUACGUGGUAGCUAACUUUUAUUGAUGAUAAGAUAGCAACAACAAUCACAUUUCAUUUGAAAUUAGUGCUGCACAAUCUGCAAAAUGGGCCUGACGAUAUCUUCAGUAUUCAACAGACUGUUCAGCAAAAAACCCAUGAGAAUAUUGAUGGUAGGUUUGGAUGCUGCAGGAAAAACUACAAUAUUAUAUAAAUUAAAACUUGGUGAGAUUGUUACCACAAUUCCAACGAUUGGAUUCAACGUAGAAACUGUGGAAUACAAAAACAUAUCGUUCACUGUGUGGGACGUCGGCGGGCAGACCAAAAUCAGAAAGCUUUGGCGACACUACUUUUCCAACACAGAUGGUUUGAUAUUCGUAGUAGACUCUAAUGAUCGAGAUCGUAUUGUUGAGGCAGAGCAGGAACUCCACAACAUGUUAAGUGAGGAAGAAUUAAGAGAUUCUGUUUUACUUAUAUUUGCUAACAAACAAGAUUUACCAAACUCCAUGUCAACUGCUGAACUGACUGAUAAGCUCAAGCUGAAUACCUUACGAAACAGAAAGUGGUACAUACAAGCAACUUGUGCUACUCAGGGCACUGGACUAUAUGAAGGACUUGAUUGGUUAUCUAAUGAGUUGGCCAAUAAGUGAACUUAUAUUUUAAUUAGGGUUUUCUAUGAAGUUUUGUCUCCAAAAUAUAUAUGUAAAAUCAAGAAUACAUUCACUGAUUAUAAGAUUUUUUUAAGAAACAUUGAAGAUAUUGCUAAAUCUCUGAAUAUCUUAGACCUUAGACUAUACACUAGCUUAAAAGUAAGGCUGUAUAACUUUGCACUUGAAAGUAUUUGUGGGAUAGAUAAAAGUCUGUCAAAAUACAUGUAUAUUUUCUCAUUUUUAUUAACAUUGUAUGUUUUACUUUGUUUUCAUUUUUAAAAUAUCGAUUUAUUUUUGUCCAAGCUAUAUUUUUGUUCUCCAAAUAAAUAUAUAGAAUAU